AUGCGCGUCUAGACAGGAGGAUCUGCGACCAGCGUUGAGCGGGCCGUGCCAGGUACAGGCGCAAUUUUUGUGCUCAGUGUCUCGCAGUGCUCGCGUACUCGACGACGGGACCGUCGACACUAGCUUUCCAAUUUCUAUAUUUCCUACUUGGUUGCUAUUUCCGUCGCUCCCUGAGUUGCUUUCUUUUUUGUAUAACACGCCUCCUCGCACCUGCCAAACGCCUCCUCCGCUCCUUCCUCCGUCGCCAGCUCUGCCCCUCACCAUCCCCGCGAAGAGACGUCCGCCAAACGAGACGACACUGCCGAUCUUCUGCAGCUCCUUCACACGCGCUGAAGAUACAUCGGCCCUUUUCAACCACACAAGCCAAAAUCCGGCUUUCGUCCCUCAACCGUUAACGAUCGCCGUCAUGUCUUCCCACCCGAGUCUCACCAGCACGUACCGUGCGCGCGCCUCCCUCCCCACGACUGGACCCCUGGCCUCGUACCUGCUGAGCCUGAUAUCCGUCAAGCAGACCAACCUCUGCCUCUCCGCCGAUGUCGAGACGUCAGCCGAACUCCUACAACUGGCAGAAGAUGUCGGUGACUCAAUCUGCCUGCUCAAGACGCACUGCGACAUUGUCACCGACUGGUCCGACAGGACAGCCCAGGCACUGAGGGAAAUUGCAAAGCGCAAGUGGUUCCUCAUCUUCGAAGACCGAAAGUUUGCGGAUAUUGGUGAAACCGUACAGAAGCAGUACACUUCUGGACACCACCGAAUCGCACUCUGGGCCGAGAUCACCAACGCCCACGUCAUCCCCGGCCCAGCCAUCGUCACCGCGCUCGAGAAAGCUGCCGAAGCGACCAUUGCCAAGUACAACACAUCCGUAAACACCGAGAUUUCUGCCACGCGACAAUCCAAUGGCGCCGACGAUGACGAUGAAGAAGAAGAGCCUGUGGCACGCGAUUCGGCAAUCGAGUCGCCAAUUGAGAUGGAGGGCGAAGAGAGACGGCUGAGCAUCAAGGCUGCCGACCGGAAGCACAGCGUUGUGAGCGUGACAACUUCGAUAUCCAUGCGGACGGAGAGCAUAUCGCCCCGUCCAGAGCCCAACGCCAACGGCGAAGAAGUCUUCAACCUAGACGUAGCUACCGAGCUCGUUCGUCUUGGCCCACCACCCUUCCUCCGCUCCCUCCUGUUGCUUGCGGAGAUGAGCUCCGAAGGCCACCUUAUGACACCAGAAUACCAAAAGAGGACUGUCGAGAUCGCUCGAAGCCGUCGCGAGUUCGUCAUGGGCUUCAUUGCUCAGCGCAGCUUGAACACUGAGCCAGAGGACAACUUCAUCACCAUGACACCGGGCUGCCAGCUUCCGCCGCCGGGUCAGGAAGGCAAGAAGCUGGGCGACGCUUUAGGCCAGCAAUACAACACUCCUCGCAAGUUGAUCUUCGAGCAAGGCUGCGACGUCAUCAUCGUCGGACGAGGCAUCGUGCGCGCUCAAGAUCGCAAGUCAGAAGCAGAGAGAUACCGAAAGGCCGCCUGGUCAGCCUACGAGGAGAGGAUCAAGAAGGCAUAGACGACUCGUCUAUGAGGCCUACAAUAGUCGAUUUAUACCCUUGCAACUUGCAGUUCCAAUAUUCUGCCUGCGGCAUUCGUGCACUCUGGUGCAAAUCCAAAUACAACAUUAUCAGAUGAAGGUCAUAUAUGGCGUUGGAUAUCUUUUCACAUGACAUGAAAACACAUACUAUGGCGUUGCGAUAUGCUGGUCGACGAGUUAUGAUAAUGCCAAAUGACCGUAGACGGAUGCAGGUUUACGAUAUGAUUAGUACCACCAUGAGAUAUUCAUUGCCUUGGAAAACAUACAAAACC